AAUGUUCAUAUAAAUACUGUUCAGCAGGGAUGCUCAGAGUCACAGCAUCAUCAGGCCUGCAGAAGCCCACAUCUCUCAAGCAGGUCUCAAAUUGAUUGGAAAGAAAUAACAUUGCUUAACAUGACUGAUACUGCAGUGUUCACCUGCUGGCUCCUUUUUCUGCUGUUCAGCCCAGCUGUUCCCAUGUGUUUACCCACUGAUUUCACCCUGUAUGUGGAGAAGCCAGAGUGUGAUUUCUGUGUGGCAAUCAACACCACUAUUUGCAUGGGAUUUUGCUACUCGAGGGACAGCAAUAUGAGGGAUAUACUCGGCCCGCGCUUCCUCAUCCAGAAAGGUUGUACCUAUGACAAGGUGGAGUACCGCACAGCCAUACUGCCCGGCUGUCCUAUCAACGCCAACCCUGUCUUCACCUACCCCGUGGCCCUCAGCUGCCACUGUGGUGCCUGCAGGACUGACAGCGAUGAGUGCGCCCACAGGACCAGUGUGGACGGAGCUAGAUGUACCAAACCAGUUAGACGUAUCUACCCAUACCCUGGCCAAAGCAACUACGUCAUGCCCUUCUGAUUCUUUUACUGUUCUCAUCAUGUUUGUUGCAAUUACCAAACUGGAACUGAGUGAUUCAUGAAUGUUUUGAGGAAAGACAAAUGACAUCCUUUAGCUUGUGAUGGAGACAGUGAUGUGUGUACUGCCUGUACUGUUACCUAUUGUACCAGCCGGUUUUAUUGUCCCUUUGUUGCCCAACGUGUGUGUGCUGCAGCUCUGCUUCUCAGUUUACAAAGGGGGUUGAUCCUGGUAUGUAUUUUUGUCAGCGUCAUUAUUUAUCCACCUCUACACUCAUGUGAGUGUGACUCCCAGACUUAUUACUCUGAAAGAGAUACUCUGAAAGCAACUCAAUUAAAGCUAAAGCCUCUAAAUAGCUCUCUGACUAAGCUGUGCUUCACUUAAUCACAUGUUGUCCCGUAGCUUUCUGUUUACCACAUAACAAACACAAUUCCAUGACACUCCACAAUGUCACCUCGAACAUACUAUAUUUGCCUCAACAGUCUUUCUGGAAGGCAUGUGAUUGCUGAUAAACUUCUUCUUGUGAAAUGGAUUAUCAGUGAGGAUGAUGAACCACACCUUUAGAUAAGAUGCAUUAAAAUGAACACAAACUGUCUCAAAUUUGAACACAUAAAUGGGUUUGGGGACAACAUUUGUGUUGAUUUUGAUUUUGUGAUGCUGUAAAUUACAUUUACAAAGAAGCGUAAGUGUAGAUGUGUAAUACAAACACAUUUUGUGCUGACCUUUGCUACACACACUGUGUUAAAAACAAAACCUGAAAACCAACACUAUUAUGUGUAUAUAUAUGCUGUACUUUUUUUUCUUUUUUUUAGCCUUUUAAUGGUAGUAAAGAGAUAUUUUCAGUAUUAAUACAGUUAAUCAACAAGACAUUUUUUUCUUACUCUUACUCCCAACCUGGCACCACAGGUAGAAGGUUUUUAAGUCGUGACCCUUCUUGUACAAGUCGGGGGGGAGCAACUGACAGCAAAGCUGACACACAGAUACACGCAUAAUGUUAAUUAAACCCACUAAUAUAAAACAUUGUGUUGGGCGGAAUUAACAAAUACACAGUCUGUGUUUAUAUUAAAUAUACAGAUAACUAUGUGUAAAACAGCUCAGUUUAAAAUGGACACAACAUGUAAAAGACAGUAGUACACAGUAAAUGUGUACAUUUUCAACACAUUCCUUCUAAAAGUGUACACAAAUACUAGUCACAGGUCACGCAGAAGACUCACCAAACUUACAGUGUGAGUUUAACUGUUGAGUAAUUCUGUCUCAAGUUAUGUGUGUAGUUUGUCAUUCACAAAGGGGAAUUUGUGGAGACAGCUGGGGCUUAUUAAUAGCACAGCAGUUGAGAGUAGGAGAAUGUAUGAUAAGUCCAUCAUCAUGUGGAUCUCCGUGACAUCGCUCUCUCGUCACCUUAUAGUCUGUCACUGCUGGAUAUCACAGCAUUCUUCUGUUAGUGUGUGUCAAACUGCCUUCAUGUCAAUAAAAAAGUAUU